AUGGCACAUUACAAGCACAAAGUGUUCGAAGAGGAGACGUCAAGCAUGGGCUCGGUUCAUUUGACAGAAGGAGUUACGGCGUCCUCCACACAUAUCCGUUUUUAUACAGGCAAACCUAAAAAUAUUUGGUCUCGGUUGAAAAACAGAACGUCGUUGGAAAAAGUUCUCCUUGCCUUAACCCUGCUUAAUGGUGUGAUAUUACUAUUUAUCAUUAUGUUACCGGUGCAUCAGGAAAAGUGUAGUCCCAACACACACCAAAUUCCAGACAUAUACGAGGAAACUGAUUCUUUCGUUAGUACCGGACAAGAUUAUUGUAUGAAGGAGACGUGCGUAACGACGGCAGCGUCCAUUAUCAAAAGUAUGGACACGAAAUCUGAUCCUUGUCAGGACUUCUACAAAUACGCUUGUGGUCAGUGGAUAAAAGCGAAUCCGGUGCCGGACGGCAGAUCUAUGUGGGGCAUGUUUAAUGAGUUGGAAAUGAACAAUCAACUUAUAGUCAAAAACGCACUAGAAGCAAUUCCUAUGAACACUAGUAGCAAAGCUGAACUCAAAGCCAAAAUGUAUUUUACGGCCUGCAUGGAUCCAAAUAACACAAUCGAAACGUUAGGUGCCGAACCAUUGCUGGAACUUAUUAAAGACAUCGGAGGAUGGAACAUAUCAGGAACAUGGAAUGUAUCUACGUGGAAGAUACAAAGGACUUUAGAAACGGUUCACAAUCGGUACAAUAUGGCCGGACUGUUCUAUUGGAUGGUUGGAGAAGAUGACAGAAAUUCAAGCAGGCACGUAAUUCAAGUCGAUGAAGGUGGAUUGACUUUACCAACAAGAGAUUUUUAUUUGAACGUUACAGCAAACCAAAAACUGUUAGAUACAUAUUUAGAUUAUAUGACAACGAUUGGAACUUUAUUGGGCGGUGAACCAAAUUCUACAAGACUUCAAAUGAAAGAAGUUAUUGAAUUUGAAACACGUUUAGCUAAGUUUACAGAACCCGAUGAAGAUAAACGUGAUGAAGAAAAGGCCUAUCACAUUAUGUCUAUUAGUGAAUUACAGAAUUUAGCCCCAUUCAUUCAAUGGGGUCACUACUUCAAUUCAGCUUUUCGAUUAGUCGAUAGAAAGAUAACAACUAAGGAAAACGUCGUGGUAUACUCUCCAUCGUUCAUGGGAAACCUUUCAAAUCUAAUUACCGAGUACAGUAAAACUCCAGAAAAUAAGACGGUAAUUAACAACUAUCUGGUGUGGCAAACUGUCAGGACCGUUACUCCUUAUUUAUCGAAAGUUUUUCGAGACGCAUAUAAAGGACUACGAAAAGCAUUGUUAGGAUCGGAAGGAGGUGAAGAACCAUGGCGGUACUGUAUUAGCGAUACAAACAACGUAUUGGGAUUUGCUUUGGGAGCAUUAUAUGUCCGUGAAGUUUUCCACGGACAGUCGAAAAAACUAGCUGAAGAUAUGAUUAAUGAAAUAAGAACAGCAUUUAAGGAUAAUUUUAAAAAUUUGAAAUGGAUGGAUAAAGAAACACUCAUUGAAGCCGAGAAAAAAGCAGAUGCUAUAACAGAUAUGAUUGGUUUUCCGGAUUAUAUAAUGGACUCAAAUCAGUUAGAUGAUAAAUACCAAAAUUUGACUGUACGUUCCGACGAAUACUUUAAAAACAACUUACGUGCUAUUCAAUAUAAUUUGAUGCAGUAUUUAUUUAAGCUCGAUCAACCUGUCAAUCGUUCAAAGUGGAGUAUGACCCCUCCAACAGUAAACGCAUAUUACACGCCGACCAAAAAUCAAAUAGUCUUCCCAGCGGGUAUCUUACAGGCACCAUUUUUCGACCAAAUGCAACAAUCUUCCAUAAACUAUGGCGCAAUGGGAGUAGUCAUGGGACACGAACUCACCCAUGCAUUUGACGAUGAAGGUCGAGAAUUUGAUCGCUUUGGAAAUUUACACCAGUGGUGGAAUAACAAAACAGUAAACAAAUUUAAAGAAGCGACGGACUGUAUGAUCAAACAGUAUUCCAACUAUAAAGUUAACGGCUAUAAUAUAAAUGGAAAACGCACAUUAGGAGAAAAUAUUGCCGACAACGGUGGACUUAAAGCUGCAUACCGUGCUUAUGUUAAGUUACUUGAAGAAAAGAAGGCUCAACCAAACCGUUUGCCUGCUGUCCAUCUUACCACGCAACAAUUGUUUUUCGUCAGUUUUGCACAAGUAUGGUGUUCAUCGAGUACAGAAGAAUCCCUCAAAUUACAAAUGGAAAAAGAUUUGCAUUCACCGUCACAGUAUAGAGUAAAUGGUCCACUAAGUAAUUUUGAAGAAUUUUCAAAAGUCUUUAACUGUCAAAUAGGAACACCUAUGAAUCCAGAAGAAAAAUGUAUUAUAUGGUAA